CUAGGUGGAAGUUGGUCAUGGUCGUCCGCCAAACGGAAAGCCGCCAUGAUGGCUUUCUGUAAAGUACGCUCAAUAUGUAAAGUUUCGUUAUUGUUUUUCAUUAAUUGUGACUGAGUGCGUGCAAAAAUUAACCAUGGGAACGAACUAGAGUGUGCAAAGUGCAGUUUACGGUCCUUUGGGACCUCCUGGAGGAGAUAUAAAGUGUUUUAUAAGUGCAUUUUUGUGUCGACGCUAGCGUGUUUUGUUCUGUCAACAAAAUGUCGAAGCUCUCGUUUAGGGCGAGGGCCCUGGAUGCGUCGAAACCAAUGCCCAUAUAUCUCGCCGAGGAGCUUCCGGAUUUACCGGACUACUCGGCGAUUAAUCGUGCUGUACCUCAAAUGCCCUCUGGUAUGGAAAAAGAGGAGGAAAGUGAGCAUCACCUCCAGAGGGCGAUAUCAGGCACGGGGCUGAUCAUACCUACACCGGAAGUAUGCCAGGUUUCAGACGUCGACUUCUACGAGAGGUGCUACCCGCCCGAUUACAAGAUGCCCAAGCAGCACAUACACAUGCAACCAUUAUGGGAAGAACAGGAAGCUCCAGAGUACGACAUCGACUCGGAGGAUGAGCGGUGGCUCAAACAACAAAGGCAUCCUGAACUAACAGAGCUGAAGUUCGAACAAAUGAUGGACAAGCUGGAGCGGAGUUCUGGACAGACGGUGGUGACGCUGAACGAGGCGAAACUGCUUCUGGAGAGGCACGAUGACCUCGUCAUAGCUGUUUACGACUACUGGCUAAACAAGCGACUAAACACUCAACACCCGUUAGUCCUGUCGGUCAAGACUGAUAGUCGACCCGGUCAGUCUGCGAACAAUCCUUACCUUGCAUUUAGACGUCGAACGGAAAAGAUGCAGACGAGAAAGAACAGGAAAAACGACGAGAGCUCGUACGAGAAGAUGCUCAAGCUACGAAGAGACCUGGCUCGGGCUCUAUCGCUAUUGGAGCUGGUGGCGCGGCGCGAGCGCGCCAAGAGAGAACUCGUGCGGCUCACUGCUCUACUGGCUGAACGCCGCUACGCUGCUGGUGACUUCGCCAGCCAGUUGCUGCCAGACCCACCGCCCAGGUGCUACACAGCCGUGCCGUUGACAGCACCCAGCUUUAGACGCGAAUACACAGUUACUCAUUACCCGCCACGUGCGCCCUCCACACCCGUCGACCAGCCGAGACAGCGCGAGAAGCGGCCGUACAAGCGACGUAAGCAUCGCCACCACACACCCGCCGCGCACCCCCACAGAGACUCUGGUGUAUGUACAUCAUCGGAAGAAGAAACGGCUCCACCCGACGAUGGACCCUUCGCGUUCAGAAGAAAACCAGGCUGUUACUACGAAAUGCCUACUUCAACACUGUACGGCGAUCCCGUGGACCCGGAAAAUCCUUCCAAGGACGGAAUGUUUGAACAUGAAAUUGAUGAGAGGAUGAGGUACACGCUGACGUCGGUGCGGCAGCCGUACGAGCGCUGCGUGGGCUUCGCGCGGCGGAGGCUCGGGCGCGGCGGCCGCGUGCUGCUGGACCGCCGCGCCUCGCCGCUGGACGCGCUGUGGCCGCGCCUGCCGCCGCGCCGCGCGCCCGCCCGCCCCCAGGUCGAGUUGGAAAACAAACCACACAGAACACCGACAGAGGUGACGACGGACUAUCACACGGACGGAAAAUACCCAUGGCGACAUGCGUUCCGAAAACAUUUAGCCGAAAACCCCCACCUGUGGACCGUACCCGUCAAGCCGUCGGUCGACGACCUCAAACUAGACGUCGCCGAUGUCAAACUCGACCUCGGCGACGUCAAACUAGACGUAGACGACGUCAAACUAGACGUCGACGAUUUGAAACUGGACGUCGAUGACGUCAAACUAGAUUCAAUGGAAGUAGCCAGUGAUAAAUUGUUACCGGAUUUAAGUGAUAGUGUUACGGACAGUGUUAGUGAUAAAGCGAGAACUAUAGACAGCUAUGUAAGAGAGAAUCUACGAAGAGUAAUUAGGAAGAGAUCGUGGAGCGGUUGCAGUGACAGCAGUUACGACUCGGAGGAGAGCUUGCAACCGGUCGAGAAAGAGUUUGAGAAAUUCAUCAACGAAGUCAAUAAGAAAUGGUUACACUUCCGACCAAAAACACCGCCUCCAUCACCACCCUACGUCGAAAAACCGUCUGACGAUCAGUUUCCUAUCGCGCUAGACACUCCGAUAUCCGUCGAACUGAUGUCUUUACCUUCAUCUGGGGCUAUGGAUGUCUUUACCACUGCGGAGUUUACUCUCGGCGAUCUCUAUGGUGACGUCAACCCUGAAGCUGACAAUAGCGGAAGUCUAGAUAUAAGCGGAGAAGAUUUAUUAACGGAAAAUUUCACAGGACUAACCGAAGCGCAAGUCGAAAGCAUACUAUCUGAAACCGAUCUCAAAGCUCUAGCGGAUGUCGAUCUAACUAAAGACGAUAAGAAGAUAGCGAUAACGGAUGAUUUACUCGAUGAGUUGGUUAAGGAUGUGGAUGCGAAAGAUUCUUUUUUAUUGCAAGGCCAGAGCCCGGAAAGGCGCGCCGGCUCUGGCCUCGAAGAAAAGGAAAGGAAGAAACGUACGGAGCAAUACGAAUUCGGUUCGACCAGCGUUCAAAUUUCCGCGCCGGGUAGGGAGCCGAUGUAUUUAGAGAAAAUCGUCCCUUACGAAACACCCAAGAUCAAGGAGCUCAAGGAGGUCAAAGAGGUCAAGGAAGUCCUUAAACCGGGGAAGUCCCCUGUGCCGACUUCAAAGAUAACUACCGAGGAGGUCAACGAGAUCAAGGUCAAGAGGAAAGAUGAGGUCCCCGUCGCUCAUGGGGUUUUAAAGACGGUGAAGCAUUCUCCCCUUAAGAAGCAUAUAAUAACAUCGGGUCACCGGCGCGGUGACGUCACGAUCGUGACGUCAGAGGCGCCUCAGCCUCAGAUAGUGACGGUCGCUGUUUCUGAUAGUUUGAAGGUUCGAUUACAAAACCAAGGCGCGACGGGGUCUACAGCCGGCACGGUAGUUGGUUUAUUGCAGAAUGGACCCUUCACAGCUGUGGCUCUGCCUAUGCAUAAUACACAGCAUAGAGAAAUCGGUUCAGCGACAGUAGCUAGCGUGGCGAACGUGACUGCGGGCAAUACGGGGAAAGUUGCCAGUGUAGCUAAUGUGUCCAAUGUGGCUAAUGUAGCCACUGUGGCAAGUGCCACGCGGAGGGUUUCGGCGCCAUUAGUUCAGCUAAGCCAUAAACCACUGCAAUUACACCAUCCCUCUGUGGUUGUGGCUCCUCAGGUUCACCAUGUGACCCCCAGCAAGCUUAAAGUGCUACACGCUCACCCCCUAACUCACACCCAGAGGGCGCAACUACUAGCCCAGAAUCGCUCCCUGGCCCAACUUCCAGCCGUGGUAUCCCUGGCCACCCUGGGGGAUGCUAAACCCCCAACCGCAUUACUCAAGACGGCACCCGGGGUCACUCAGUUCUUUGAAAUAAAGGGUGGCCAGUUAGGAAAAGGUCCGCACUUGGUGAAUGUACUACGCCAGCCUCCGCCUGUAAAGGCAUCGGUUGCGAGAUUAGAUUUAAACGAUGCGAAGAAACGGCAAGUGGUAUUUGAUGGGACGCUAAAGGGUAAUAUGGCGACGACGACACGUCCUCAUAGAGUCAGCGUCAGUUUGGAUGGAAGGCAGAUUGUAAGAGCGGCCCUACCGGCCGUUAGGGCCCCACACGUGAGACAUCAGAUACAGCUAAAGAACAGAACUUUACAAGUCACAACGCCUCUCGCCCGGACAUCCUCGGAGCCAUCAACUAGUAUAACCAUAGCGCCAACGAAGACAGCGUCAAUACCUAGUUCGGUAGUUGCUAAUUUGUUACAGAAGAAUGUUCAGUUGCCAAAAGGGCAGAAAAUUGCUAUAUCCGGGCCGGGAGGUCAGGCGUUAUCGGCUAAUGUACAGGCUAUUGCUUUUACAACUGCACAGUUGAAAGCAAGGCAGGGGAGGCUGAUAGCUCAACCCAGACCAACACCCGUUGCCGAGAUAGUGGAGGCGUCGACACCACCCACGACAUCCUCUAACGCAGGCAUAUCCGGCGACGGUCCACUAGCGGAGCCCGACGACGGGGCCACAAAUGGAGUCCGGCGCCGCGCCGCAGACACCCCCAUGGAGGUCACGUGA